AGAAUUUUCGACCUCAGUUGUGGCGUUCACACCGGGCGGAAACGACGGCAGAGAUACACGCCUCUCUUUCCACUGCGCGCGCUCUUCCACACCUGAACGUAUUUCAAAGAAUCCAUUGACUUCGUCUGCCCUCUAUUCUUUGCUUUUCUACUAUUAUUAUUACUAUUAUUAGUGUAAGAUACACACACGAAAACAAGCAAUUUCGCGACCAGCUCGUUACACCCAUGUUCCGCUCUCUCGUGCGUCUGGCCGGCAAGGAUGUCCGCUUCGGCACCAAUGCCCGCAAUUCCAUGCAGAAGGGUGUCACCCGCGCCGUGGCCGCCGUGGCGACGACACUGGGCCCGAAGGGCCGAAACGUCAUCAUCGAGCAAUCUUACGGUGCCCCACGCGUUACGAAGGACGGCGUGACGGUGGCGCGUGCCAUCGACUUUGAGGAUCGUUUCGAGAACAUGGGUGCGCAGCUCGUCAGGCAAGUGUGCAAUCAGACGAACGACCUGGCCGGUGACGGCACGACGACGUCCGCCGUGCUGGUGGAGAGCAUCUUCGCGGAGGGCCUCAAGUCGAUCGUUCGUGGCGCAAACCCGAUUGAGAUGAAGCGCGGCAUGGACGUCGCCGUUGACUAUGUGAAGCUGAGCCUCCUGAAGCAGGCGCGGCCUAUUCAGAACACCGAGGAAGUCGUGCGCAUCGCCACCAUCUCCGCCAACGGCGAUGAGGAGAUCGGUAAGAUGAUCGGUGAAGCCAUGGACAAGGUCGGCCGCGACGGCGUCAUCACGACCAAGGAUGGGAACACGAUGGCGACGGAGCUGGAGAUCGUGGAGGGUAUGAAGAUCGAGCGCGGCUACGUCAGCCCGUACUUCGUGACGGACGCGAAGGCGCAGAAGGCCGAGCUGGAGGAUUUCUUCGUGCUGGUGUCCAAGAAGAAGAUCAGCACGAUUCAGACGUUGCUGCCGGCACUCAACUACGUGGCCCAGAAGGGCCGCCCGCUGCUGAUCAUCGCCGACGACGUGGAGAGCGAGGCGCUGACGACGCUCAUCUUCAACAAGCUGCAGGGCAAGCUGAAGGUGUGCUGCGUGAAGGCCCCCGGCUUUGGCGACAACAAGGAGGGCAUGUUGGAGGACAUUUCCAUCUUCACUGGUGCCAAGGUGGUGGGCGACGAGCACACUGGCCUGGAGUUGGAUGUGGAGAACUUCGACCCGACGAUCCUCGGCUCUGCCAAGAAGGUCACGGUGGGCAAGGAGGAGACGGUGCUACUCAGCGGAGGCGGCGAUCCGGCGGCGGUGCAGGAGCGCCAGCAGCUCUUGCGUGAACGCGUUGCGCAGGAGCUCGUGGAGUACAAUCGAGAGAAGCUGCAGGAGCGCCUGGCGAAGCUGAGCGGCGGCGUGGCGGUCAUCAAGGUCGGCGGCGGCUCGGAGGUGGAGGUGAACGAGAAGAAGGAUCGCGUCGUGGAUGCGGUGUGCGCGACUCGUGCUGCGGUGCAGGAGGGUAUUGUGGCCGGCGGUGGCACGGCGCUGCUGCGUGCGAGCAAGUCCCUGGACAAGCUUCUCGACAACGAGCACCUCUCGCCCGAUCAGCGCACGGGUGUGACGAUCGUGCGCAACGCGAUCCGCCUGCCUGCGAUGAAGAUUGCGGCCAACGCCGGCAAGGAGGGUGCGGUGAUUGUGGAGAAGAUUCUGGAGAACGCGGACGAGAGCGUCGGCUACGAUGCGCUGAACGACAAGUACGUGAACAUGUUCGAUGCCGGCAUUAUCGACCCUGCGCGUGUCGUGCACGUCGCGAUUAGCGAUGCGGCGUCCGUGGCGGGUCUGAUGAUGACGGCCGAGGCUGCGAUCGUCGAGCUGCCGAAGGACAAAGACGGCAAGAAGACCACUGCGGCGGACAACGAGGAGGGAGACGCGGAGGAGGAGCUCUUUGGCAGUUUCUAA